AUGCUUGAGUGGAAGUUGGACCAAUUUCUUGAUACACUCUGGGAUACCGAGGGCCAUGAUAUUCUACAAAGAGCUUUGCACCAGACACCUCAGCGGCAAGAGGAUUAUCAGAGCAAAUACUAUACCCUAGACGGAAUAUACACGGCGAAUAUUCGACGAAUGCUUGAGCUGCAGGAUGUUACACUCGAAAGGAGAUUGAAAAAUAUUACAAGAAUGGCGGAGAAUAUCGAGAUUGCGCAAGGGCAGAAAUUAGCUCGGCGAGCUAGACUCAAACAACAGAACGACAAAGCCGAACAAAGGAGAAUCGAGAAAGCACAACGGAACUAG